AUGAACGGGUUCGGCGUCGGGAUGGUGGCCGCGGUGGCAACUCUGCCGCCGUUGAAGACCAGCAGCCACAAAAACCUCGAUAAGAUUGAUAUGUCUCUGGAUGAUGUCAUCAAAUUGAAUAAGAAGGAAGAAAGAAAGCAGAAUUUUCCAAAAUUAAAUAGAAGACUUAAACAGACUGGUGCCCAUCAAUUCAGGAUGAGAGUAGCCAGAUGGGGACUUCAACAGCAGACUGGUUUUGGUAAAAAUGGUUUGGGCCGAAGAGGAAGAAUGGGUCCUGGAAAGAGACGUUCAUAUGGAGUUAUCACUGGCCUGGCAGCUCAGAAAGCAAAUGGAAUUCGUAAAGGAGUCAGCCCUAUCAACCGAUCACCUCUACGUGAGAAGAACAUGCAGCGAUAUUAUCCAAUGUUAAAAAGGAAGACAAACCUUCAGAGGCAAAAUGACAUGCAGAGGAAACCAAUCCCAGUUCUCAGGAGGCCUAACCAGUUAAGCAGAAGGAAUAAUGUUCCAGUCAAUUUAGCCAGGAAUGGGACCAAAUUAAAUCAACAAAAACACACAUGCCAGGCAACCUUUCUUUUCAGAAGAGGCCUCAAGGUUCAGGCCCAGACGCACCCAGAACAACUAUUAGACAAACCAACAGCAAAGAGAACUCGUCAAUGGCGAACUUCUACCACAAAUGGAGGGAUUUUGACCGUAUCUAUUGACAAUCCUGGAGCAAUUCAUCCUUCAGUAGGUCAGAGACCCCGUUUAACUCAUACUCCUAUACCAUCAUUUCUGAUGAAAAGGGAUCACCCUGAAGAGAAGAAGAUUCCUAAAGGUGUUCCCUUACAAUUCGACAUAAACAGUGUUGGAAAACAGACUGGGAUGACUUUGAAUGAGCGAUCUGGAAUCCUGAAGGAACAAAGAAUUGCUCUCGUUCAGAACAAAGGAAGUCGCUUUGUGACUAUGGGAUAG